AUGCUUCCAAACGGAACAGAAAUAAUUCAAGAAGAUAUAGAACCAAUAAGGAUCGAACAUCCAAUAUUUGUAUUUACCGAGCGUGUUUGUAUAGCCUUCUUUACAAUAGAAUAUUUAUUGAGGCUUUUUGCGGCACCGAGAAAAUUGAGAUUUGUUUUGAAACCUCUCAAUUUGGUUGACCUUCUGGCAAUUAUGCCCUUUUAUUUAGAACUUAUGUUGACUUUAAUGGGGGUAGAUGACAAAAAGUUGAGAGAUUUGCGUUGGGCUUUUUUGGUUGUACGUAUUUUGAGGGUAUUAAGGGUUAUUAGAAUAAUUAAACUUGGACGGUUCUCUUCUGGUUUGCAGACUUUUGGAAUGACUUUGCAAAGGAGUCAAAAACAAUUGCAAAUGAUGACUAUUGUAUUGUUAACUGGGGUUGUCUUUUUCUCAACUAUGAUAUACUUUCUUGAGAAAGACGAGAAAGGUUCACCCUUCACCAGCAUUCCAGCUGCUUAUUGGUGGUGUAUUGUUACAAUGACUACUGUCGGGUAUGGAGAUGUUGUGCCAGCAACUACAAUGGGUAAAAUAAUUGCUUCUGCCGCUAUAAUGAGUGGAGUGCUUGUAUUAGCCCUACCCAUCACAAUUAUUGUCGAUAAUUUUAUCAAAGUAGCUCAAGAAGAACAACAAACAGAGCAAUUCAAAGCAGAAUUACUAGCUAUGGAGGAACAAGAAAGACAAUUACAACAAGAGCAAGAACAAAGAAGAUUAAAAUUUAAUCAAUCACAAAAAGAAAUUUUAAUAAAUAAUAGGGAAGAAAAUAGAGGAAAUAAUGAAGAUAACCAAUUAAUUAGUGGAAAACAACCCUUAAUUUUUGUAUCAAAUGCUUAA